GACGGAACUCGCGCGCGGCUGUCCAGCAACCAAGUGUUAUUGGUGUUAUGUCGGUUGUCGCGAACCUUGCGAGUGAGCUCGAGCCCACUUUGCGUUUGCAUUUUCGCGCUUUGCUUCACCACGGACAAGUGCUGACUGAAAACUUCCAUCGUGGCGUAAUGCCAAGUUCGCUCUUGAAUGGUGCACAGUUUGUCGCCGCGGCGUAGUGACAUCCCGCGACAGUUAUGUUCGCAACGCUUCCUGACAGAAACAGCGGUUGCCAUGGACUGUCGUCCAAGCCACUUUGAAACAAAGCCAUGGAUCUUGUUGAACCUGAAAGGGAGUGCCUGCAGUUCUACAUUGACCCUGGUGAACUGCCACAAGAGUUGGCAGGUGCUGUCCAAGCAAUAAAACAGGCAGCCGAAACUGUCCUGUUUCGGUGGAAGAAAUUUCCCCUGCGCCUGCCAGCACCUGUCUUUGAUCUUCCGCCUGCUUUGCUCAGCUCUGAUGGAGAUGGCCGCAAGACUCGCACAACCAGCCUGCGGGAUGUGUUCACAGCACCAAACUUUGAUGAGGCCGAUGCCGUGGUGCGGGAUGCCAAGGGUCGGCCGCCCAAGCUGGACCAGACACAGCUCCGCUCCAUCCAGGACCGUGGGGAGUUUGAGGUAGGCAGUCGUGUUUUCCCGGGAUGCACCUACCGCUGGCGGCUGAGCCGUGCAGUCCAGAGUGGCCGGACGGGCACGUGGCAGGUGCUACUGCGGGAUGUGGCACUGGCCCUGCGCCUGCUGCUGGUCACAGCUCGCAACCGCCUUGGCCACCCACACUUCCUCAGCCUGUGGGCUGCAGGAACCGCCCUAGCACGAGCCUCCUUCUUGCUCCUAGAUGCCCUGGUUGGACUGCCCUCUGUGUCAGCCACUCUGCUCGUGUCCAGGCUGCAGGAGGAACGGGUCAAGCAUCUCGUUGCUGAGCUCACCAUCGAGGCGGAUGCAGAGAACCAGCUGGAGCAGCUGUGCCUGUUUGUGCGCUACCAAAUCAAGAAGCAGACGUUUGAGAAGUGCCACAUUGGGGAGGAGAGGCUACCAACUGUGCCUUACGUCUACAAGACACCCAAAGGCCAGAUGAUUGACUUGCGGCUCUACAAUGCUGAGCUGCUGCGAAGUGCCAUGCCGUUUCUGGUGCACAUCUUGGAGAGGGAGCUGCGUGGCUGGUUCCCUGCUUUCCGGGAAGCCCUGGUGGCAAAGCUUAGAGCAAAAAAACUGUGCGACAGUGACAUAGAGAAGCAAGCCAAAGUUGCCGUGCAGGAUGAGUAUGUGCGGCGUGUGUCGGAGGCAGUGGGUCGUGACCCAGCCCUGGAGAGCCUGGCGCCGGGCCUGGGCCAGCUGCUCGCUGAGCAGGCCCAAGCAGCUGUGCUUAUCCAGCGGGCUCUGGAUGUUGUGCACAACCGUACUGCACAAUAUGUGGCUCAGGAGAAGGAGCGGCUACAAGCAGAAUUUCCUGUGCUCUCCUUGAUUGGUCCAUGGCUGCGCAGUCAGCUUUAUGAAGUUCAGUGCCACUUGGAACGCGAGCACUGCUUGGAGGCCCACGAGACGGCACUGGCACUGUGCCGGGAGCGGGGCCUUGCGCAGGCUGCCUACUUUGUGGCACGCGACCUGUCAUUCCUGCGGGAACAGGCCCCUGCACUGGCUGCCGAGCUGGCGCGGCUGCGCGCUCCCACCCGAACGUUCACCUGGCAGACGCACGUGUGGAGGCCCUCCCAGUGGCAGGUGCGGCGCGUGGGUGGCCCCUUGGGCCCCGAGCCAACAACAGGGGACACCCUGCUGCUGGGUGAGCGCCCCACGUAUGUGGCUGAGAAGCAGAACACCCGACUCACCUCCACACGGCUGCCCCUGUGGCGCUGGGGCAACUUCUGCCACCGAGUUUGGGCGCACACCUGCAAUGCCAUGUUCCUCCUCGGGAUCCUGAUACCAUGGUGCAGUCCCCUGAGCUUGCGCAGCCUGGUGCUUCCCCGUCCCUUCAUGUCAGACUUCGAGGUCAACCAGGAAGAUGGGAGACUUCAGCCGCGCAAGUCAUCUUCCACGCAGACACUUUGCUCCCGACUACUGUCCCUUUGGAGGCACAUCUCCAAGUCAAGAACAGACUUUGAAUCUCAACCAGACUCUGGCUUUGUGGGCAAAGGACUUAGCCGGCAAGUGAACCGUGCCUGGAACUACCUUGUCAAGGGCCUAGUGGGUACAGUGCUGCUGGUGCUGGUCUUUCCCGUGCUCUCCUUGGUCGUCUGCUUCACAUCCCUUGUGGCGGCACUUCUGGCACCCCUCUGGAUGCCGUGUGUCAUGCUUGCCUUCCACCUACUGAUGGUGCUUGCCUAUGACUUCGACUCACCAAGCCCUGAGCGCAACCGUAUCUGUGUGCUGGGUGAGGCCAUCCUUUGGCAAGGGCUGGUGCUGGGUCUCCUUCAGCCAAUUGCAGCGGCCGUCAUAGCCCUGGUGCUGUGUCCCAUAGCAGCUGGCUUCAUUCUCUUGGUUGCAGUGCUUCGGUGGGGAGCGGUGCGCUGUUGGGAUGCGCUGUUGUUUCACGGUGUGAUCAAGCGCCGGGCACGGGUGCCAGUGGGUGACAGUUGGAUGGUGACCCGUGUGGCAGGACCUGGACUCUCCCAGGACCACCUUUACCAGAUAAGCCCAGAUCAAGCCCUAGCAGCGUUCUUGGCGAAAGUUGAAUUGGAACAGCUCUCCAUCUACGGGCAACAGACAGAACAGCAAAUAUUGGAGCCUCUAAAGGCCUAUGACCACUUUGUGGAGCAGUGCUUCAGUCCCUUUGCAUCCACACUGGCACGAGACAAGAGUCCCUACCGGGACCUAGAGGCUGAGUUGAACAACAUGGUGUCAGCUCUCAAGGCAGAAGUAGACAAGCGCAAGCGUGAACUGCAACUGGGCCUGGGCGUGGGCUGCCGCCAGCGGACACGCAUGACGGCUGCGGGCCUGCACUCGGCGCUGGUCGCAGGGUCCAGUUUGGCCCAACAUCUGCUGCCCCAGCUGCCCUCAGCCCACUGGCAGGACCGGGGGCUCGAGGAGAAGGACUGGCUUGGCUUGGCUGCCCAGCUGUACUCUGAAACAUUCUCGCCUGAGUUCUUGGUGCCCUUGCUGGAGGAUGACGUGGCCUUUGCACUUCAGGUGGUGGAUGUGGACCUGACAAAGUACAGAGAGCUUGCACAGACACAUGGAGCUGUGGACCUCGACACCUCCAGGGUUGUCCACCUGCCCAAAGGAAAAAUCCACGUACACACUCCUUACCUGGAUCCAUCUGCGUUCAACCCACAGUCAUCGACUGCUUCCCACACAACCACGUCCAAAACAAAAAGAGCCCCAUGGAAACGGCAAGAAGGCAGCAGUGAACGGCCAAGUCUUCCCCCGGCUGUUCCCCAUCCUGCCAAGAUUGCACUGAUAAUCUUCAACCGUGAGAAUGAAGACCCGAUACCAUUGGACUCGGAUGCCUGCCAGCAGGUCCUUAAGGCUGUCUACAGUGGAAGCAGCACUGCACAGCCUGUGGGGAGCAGUGGAGCCAGCAGCAGUGGCACGCCUAGCAUCCAGAUGACGCCGUCGGCCGAGGAUGUCAGCCUCGAGCCGCAGGGGCAGAGGGCCACGUACACCCAUGGGGGUCCGCACAACAGCACUUGCGUAUGACAGGCAGCCCCUGGCAACUUUGGUUGGACAUGACAUGGUUUGUCAUCUCCAGCUUCAUGACACUGUUGCGACCUGCGUCUUUGCAUCCAUAUGAGCUGUCAUGAGUGACAUGUAUUUGAAACGGCUUUCACUCAGUCCGUUUAGGACGCCCAGUGGGGUCUUUUGCAUCCACUCAGGCAACCACAGGAAUGGCACUUACCAACCUGGACACCAAAUUGACAGCUAAUUUUAGCGUUCAACAAGUACCACAAGCAGCUAGCAUUAGCAGCUAGUUAAGGUACCAAGACAGAGGAUAGCAGGAAGAUAGAGAAUUGAAGAACUCAUCAGUAGUGUUUGAACAAGGGUUGUUGCUGGAGCCAAUGUUUCAGCAAGUGGACUUUGUCAGGGUAACAGCUUGUACAAGCUACAGCCCUGAUGAAGACGAGUCCACAUGUCAGAACAUUGGCUCCAAAAACAUCCUUUCUUCAACCACUGUUGAUCACUAGCAGAGCAUGUUUAUUUACAACAUGUACAAAAGUGAGGUAUUGUCCAUUUAAAAGUCAGUCUUGUGAAUCAUUGGAAUGAAACCAGUUCUUCAUGAAAGGUAGUAAUUCCUGAGUGAGAAAAUUGUUUGAAUCCCUCCAGAAUUGGUUGCUCGACAGCUACCAGAUAGAAUGUCAAAAGCUUCCGAAUGUGACACGAGGUGCACUGUGUCGAGUAUGCAUGUGGGCCAGUGUGUUUUCUCAAGAAUGUGCACCUUCUUGUGGAGCUGUGCUGGAGUUAAUAUCAGUACACAUAUCGGAUUGUUCUGGUUCUCAAAUCUAUGAUCCACAAAGUAGUAAAGCAAAAGUGGUGAGCCAUUCCAGAUUCAUGUCAGCGCUGUGCUGGCUGUAGUUGUGUGGUGUAGCGCAUGUAAAGCACUCCGAAUCUCAUCAUCAUCACAGUAUGCACUGAGCUAAGCAGCUGUGUCAUAUAUGUGAAUUAAGGCAUGGUAUAUACCCUCUGGGUAUGCUGCCUUGUUGUUGAAGGGAGCAUGUAUUGCUGCUGAUACAAUUGUUUCCUUUAAUUCAAGAUAAAUUAAUCUUAUUUGUGUUUUAAUUUCACCCUCUACUAAUGGCUCAGGAGGAAGCCAUUAUUUUUAAUGUGCUUUCAAUUUUAACAUCAGUUUGUACAAUAAUCCAAGCCAAUUUUUCAUGUCUCAUCAUAGUUGAAGUUCACUGUAUUGCAUCUGGCAAUAGGUUAAUAGUCUGGAGGCAUUGCCUCUGAAUCUAGCUCAUCUUCACACAUGCUGUUGCAUGAUGGUAAACGAAACAGGAAACCCAUGUAAACUAAAGAGGCAGCGUUUGUGCAAGUGACUGUGUGAUAGAACAUUUUCAUUUUUGUCAAGUUGGUGGUACGUUCGGCCAGGCUCUCAUUGUACAGAGCUUUGUAAAAUGCAAAGAACAUGCAACAGAUGAAAGGACGCAUACUGUCUGUAUGGUGUUGACACUGGCUGGUGUUCUCUCCUUUGGCCUGUUAUGACAGCUUGCACCAGGUAAAGCAUUUCUUUCUGUCCCACACUUUUAUUUGACUUUGUAAUCAUAGUCGGCAAACACAAGCGAAGUGUCUUCACAUGUGAGUAGGUAGUUGAACAAUACCUGUUUCAUAUUUUUGUUGUGCCUCUGUCUGCAUGUCAACCUGUGCAUGCACAUUCUGGUUAGUGCAAAUAAAUAUGAAGUUGCUGUUAC